GUACUCUCCAGGGGAGAAUAUUAUCAAGGGAUCCUAAAACUAGGGCUGAUAAUUUCGGGAAUAUCUCAGUGUGCCUGAGAUUCCUCUCUGUCAGGUGUUCUUCUUUGCCUUUAUUAACCCCUAGUGAUGUUGUCACCAAUAUCUUCUGUCUUGUGUAUCCUCUUCUUCCGGUGUCAUAUUGGAUAUGCACUCCCCCAAAAUAAGUACUCCCCAGUACAAAUUCAUUAUUAAAGGUAAUCCCCGAGUCAUUAUUCCAUAUGGCAAAUGUACUCUCUCCUGUGAAAUAAGUACUCCCACACUUAGGAAGGAUGAGGAGGUAAUGAGACAUAGAAACGAAUUUCGUGAAUUCAAUUCCAAUUCGACUAUCCUUUGUGGACUCGAACGUGCUCGUCUACGCAUUUGAAACUGAGAUCGCGGAACGAAACCGACCCAGCCACAAAGGUAAUUGAACUUUACAGUUUGCUGCCAGUGUCCUGAUUGUUGUUGACAAUGCCGCACGUGCCAUUUGACUUUAUAUAUCAGUAUCUUCUGAAAGGUGUGUGGCCCCCUACUGUAUGUACCAAAGGGGAAAAAGCCAACUUCCGAAAGGCAUGUAGACCCUUUGCUGUUAAGGGUGAAGAACUAUUCUACAAGAAGGUGAAAAAUGACGAGACUGGAGAGAAAGUGGAGGGACCACACGACAUCCAAGUGUUCUGGAGCCUUGAGGAACACACUGCCGAGGACGUGGCCGACUACCUCUUUCACACCCUUGAUCUGGAUUGGAGUCAACAUUUGUUUUCAAUAAGCCUCCCUGAUAUUCUGCUGCCGUCACUCCAGUUGCUGGAGAACAUCGGAGGCCGGCAAGUGCGGAUUCAGCCCAAGUUACAUGGACAUCUGUACAUCUUCCAAGAACCAGCAAUACUGAGCACCAAGCAAAUAAAGCUGCUCCCAGAAUAUCAAGUGACCCACCUGAAGGAGGAUGACGUGUCACUGAUAUGGAAAAACUGGGAGUUCAACUCUUUGGACUCAGUGAACAGUAUGAGGCACAGCAUCAUCAACUUCCCGUCCGUUGGCAUCCGCAAGCGCAUCCCUACAGACAAUACCGGGCAGCUGCAAGAGGAAGCAGGGGAGACAUUAGUGUCGUGGGUUCGAAUGAGUAAAUAUGGGUAUAUGGGCAGCACCUUCACGUUACCGCAGCAUCGACGCAGAGGUUUGGCUAGCACGGCUACUCUGAUCUUGACUCGGCAGCUACAGCAGGAGAGUCUCUUGCCUGCUGUCAUUAUUGAAAAUAGCAACACCGCUUCCAUCAAAUUCCAUAGUGAUCUGGGGUUUGAGCGGCAAUGUGCCCUAUCUAUGGUCGUGCUGCUGCCCGCUUAGGUUACAUAUGAACAAACAACAAAGCCACACAAUGAAUGCAGUGACAGAGAUCACAUUAAUUAAGCCUUCAGGAUUUCAAAGCAUGAAACACUUGUGCUCGCACCAACGACGUGCCUUAACACUGAAAAUCGUUGCGACACACAUUGCUUUCCAAGUUAUUAUUUUCCUGCUCAUGUCAAGACACGCUAUACGAGGUGGGUGCGUUUAAUAACCACGGGAAGACACAAUCGCCCAUUGUCCUACACACACGUGCCUGCUUGAUUGCGUGCGUGCUUGAUAAAGAAUGCAGUGACAGAGAUCACAUUAAGCCUUCAGGAUUUCAAAGCAUGAAACACUUGUGCUCACACCAACGACGUGCCCUAACACUAAAAAUCGUUGCGACACACAUUGUCUUCCAAGUUAUUAUUUUCCUGCUCAUGUCAAGACACACUAUACGAGGUGGGUGCCUUUAAUACCCGCGGGAAGACACAAUCGCCCAUUGUCCUACACACACGUGCCCAAUUAUUUACAUAUUGAUUUCAUAUUGUGAGCUCUCAUAUUGUACCCUUAGAUUAUAUUACAUUGCUUCA